AUGGCAGGGCCAGGACCUGGGCAGAAUGCCUCAGUCAUCUCAGUGUCCAAUGGGGGACCCUGGGGUGACUGGGCCUGGCCGGAGAUGUGUCCCAAGGGGUCCUACGCCAGCGGUGUCAGCUUCAAGGUAGAGCCGCCGCAGGGAGUGAUGGAGGACGACACGGCGCUGAACGGGGUUCGGCUGCACUGCUCCCGUGGGGGGAACGCCGACAGCAGCUACACAGCCGAGUCCCAGAGCGGCAGGUGGGGCAGCUGGACGGAGGUCCUCUGGUGCCCCCACCAAGGGCACCUGGUGGGCUUUGCGCUGCGGGUCCAGGUGCCCCAGCAUGGGUUCCUGCACGAUGAAGUGGCUGCCACUAACGCACGCUUUGCCUGCUCUGACGGGCAGGUGCUGCAGGGGCCGGGGUCUGUCUGGGGCCAGUGGGGUGGCUGGAGCCAUCAGUGCCCUAAGGCAGUGUGCGGCGUCCAGACACGGCAGGAGCCUGUGUGGGGGCUGAAGAGGGAUGACACGGCCCUGAAUGAUCUGCGCCUCUUCUGCUGCUAG